AAAAAUGGGAAGUCGACUUGUUUGAUAUCUUUGUGAUGUCACCAGGCAUCUGACCGACAACAGAAAGAACGACUACGACUAUUCGAAUGAUCGCAAGACGAGAAGGCCGCAGAGACCGCCGAAAAUGUGCGUGGACGGCGAUGGAUGCCAGCUGGAAGCCUGCGGCAGUUCCGACGAGGUGCGCACGCUGUCGGGCAGCAUGAGCCCUGCUGCGCUUAAAGCCAACCCGGACCUCCACGCCUGCAAACCCGGGCAGAAAUUUCGCGCCGCGCUGCUCCGGUGCCGCUCGCCGGCUGCCGCUGCUGGGAUCCUCAGUUUUGGGAACGUCCUCAAUUACAUGGACAGAUACACCGUAGCCGGCGUGGCGCAGGAUAUCCAGAAGCAUUACGAAGUGUCUGACAGCGGAGUGGCCUUGCUACAAACAGUGUUCAUCUGCAGCUUCAUGGUGGCGGCUCCCAUCUUUGGUUACCUGGGCGACCGCUUCAACAGAAAGGCCAUCCUGAGCUGCGGCAUUUUCUUCUGGUCCACCGUGACGCUGCUGAGCUCCUUCAUCGGCGAAGACUACUACUGGCUGUUUGUGCUCUCCAGGGGACUGGUGGGCAUCGGUGAGUCCAGCUACUCCUCCAUCUCCCCCACCAUCAUAGGAGACUUGUUCACAAACAACAGACGCACCAUGAUGCUCUCCGUCUUUUACCUGGCCAUCCCGCUGGGAAGCGGAUUGGGUUACAUCCUGGGCACCAGCGCCAAAGUAGCUGCAGGAGACUGGCACUGGGCACUCAGGGUGUCUCCAGUUUUGGGAAUGACCGCGGGAACUCUGAUCCUGCUCUUUGUGCCCGAGCCGAAGCGAGGAAGCGCCGACCAGAUGGGAGGACGCAUCAAGACGAGCACGUCGUGGCUGUGCGACAUGAAGGCGCUGGCGAAAAAUCGGAGCUACGUGUUCUCCUCCAUGGCGUCCGCAGCCGUGUCCUUCGCCACUGGUGCGUUCGGGAUGUGGAUUCCCAUUUACCUGGCCAGAGCUCAGGUGGUGCAGAAGACCGCAGAGCCGUGCGGCACCAAGGAGAUCUGCAGCAGCACGGAGACUCUCAUCUUCGGGGCCAUCACAUGCGUCACGGGCCUGUUAGGCGUGCUCAUCGGGGCCGCCACCACGCGUCUGUGCCGCCAGAAGACGGAGCGAGCCGACCCGCUGGUGUGCGCCGUCAGCAUGCUGGGCUCAGCCAUCUUCAUCUGCCUCAUCUUUGUCGUGGCAAAGAAGAACAUCACAGGAGCUUAUGUUUGCAUCUUCAUAGGAGAGACGCUGCUCUUCCUCAACUGGGCCAUAACGGCCGACAUCUUAAUGUUUGUGGUUAUUCCCACGCGGAGGGCAACAGCGGUGGCGUUUCAGAGCUUCACCUCCCACCUCCUGGGCGAUGCGGGAAGUCCGUACCUGAUAGGCCUGAUUUCAGACGGCCUACGUGAAAGCUACGCUACGUCGGCGCUGUGGAGCUUCCUCAGCCUGGGCUACGCCCUCAUGCUGUGUCCCUUCAUCAUCGUCCUGGGUGGCAUGUUCUUCCUGGCCACCGCCCUCUUCUUUUUGGACGACCGAGACAAGGCACAGAAUCAGUUGAGCCAGCUUUCUCGACCGUCCACUUCAGUCAAGGUGUGAUCAGGUGUCAACAUGGCCGACAAGAUGGACGACAAUGCGGAGUCGGAAGAAAAGAAGCAGCUGAUUUUUUUGACACCACACCCACGCCAGCAACCUUUGAGCAAAGCGGUGGAGGGUAGCCUCCAACGAGACACGAGGGAGCGUCUUGCCCCUUCCCGGAGAAGCCUUCCGAAAUCCCAAGCUGGUGAGAAGGCGACGUCUGGCGUCCUCCUCACCUCCGUCUGUGAGGAUCCGGUCGACCUUCAAGGGAGGACGUGACCCCCCCCCCUCCUACUCCCUCCGUCCCCUGAUGCCAUACUACUGAAUGCUGACCAUGAACCUGACCUUUCCGUCUUCGUCUGUGUGCUUGUCCGUCCGUCGGCUGUCAAUCUGCACCAAGUGCCAUCGCGUCAUUACAUUCCUCCGCACUUUGCACUGACGUCAUCAUCAUCAUCAUCACAGACUUAGCUUUCCAUGCAUGAUGCGGCCUUUCUCGUUAAUGCAGACGCUUUUUAUUUGGAAGCUGCAAACACCCCCCGACCCCCUCCCCCCCAACCCCAAUUAACUUGAAUGUGACUUCAUCAUGUAAAGCCUGUAAACCAGGGGUGUCCAAAGCUUCUCUAACCAAGGGCGGCCCAUAGAAAAAUAGAACAACUUUGAUACUCAAUCCCAAUUCAAUCCGAUCAUAUUGGUUAAAUAUUGGACAAUAUAUUUUAUUUUUUUUUAUUGAAAUUAAUUUCCUGACUACCUAAAUACGUACGAUUAAAUGUUAUCUAUAAAUUUAUUUUACUAUUUUUUCUCCUUUGGACAAAGUCAAAGCCAAUAAAAACAAAAGUCUACUUAUUUCUGGAUAAUUUUUAAAAGUCAAUGAAAAAACAAUUGUUGAAAUGACAUAGUAUAAAGUAUUCUUCAAUCCAAUCAAAUUGAGACAAAUGCCUUUUUUUUUAGAAAAACAAAUUCUAAAUAUUCUUAAAAAUACUUUAUAUUCUAAAAAUAAUUAUUUUUUAAAGUCAAACAUUAUACCAGACGAUGGAUUACUUUUUAAAGGUUUUUAAUCUACAAUUGUUAAAUUAAUAAUACAAUUAUUUUGAUUUUUUAAAAACGUUUUGUUUGUCAAUUAAAAAAAUUAUAAGUUCUAAAAAAAAAAUUGAAAUAUGUGGGUACAAUUUUUUCUGUUAAUUUAAAAUAGUUUUUUUUGGACAAAGUCAAAUUGGAAAGAUUUUUUUUCUAAUUGACAAUCGUACAAAAAAAAUUAAAAGAAAAUGUUGCUAGUCAAUUAAAAGCGAUAUGUUUUUUACAGAACAAAAACUUCAAAAUAUAUAUUUGUUAAAUAUACCGCAGGCCAAGAAAAUAAAGGCACUGCCCCCCCCCCCAGGCUGACCUUUGGACACCACUGCUGUAAACAGACCAAAGCUGCAAACCAACCCAAAACCUGCUGUUGAACACCCGGCACACACAAAGGGACAAAUGUAACCAUGUGAUUUCUCCGUCUCUUGCGGCGUAGCCAUGACUCUCGCCACGAAGCGCUGCGGUGCACGAGUCAGUCAAUCAGCCUUAAAGCUCUCCCGUCCGCAUUCCGGCUUGUUUUCCGUUUAAGCCUCACGCGCAUCCUAUCGGAGCUUUGAGCACUUCAAUCAGCGUCAGACGAAAUUCUGAAGUUUUUUUUUUUGUCAUCUCCAUGUGAGGGAUGAAAGCCGGUUUCAGACGGAUCAAUCUGGAAAUCUAAAAUAAAAAAGGACACUGGAUUAUAUAUAUAUAUAUAUAUUCAUAAUUUAUAGUAUGUAUAUGUUUUUUUUCUUUCUAAAAGUAAAUGAGAUCCUAUUCUUGUGACUUGGGGAUGAUUAAGGGGAAUUAUGAUGUAUAUCAACAGCAAUAUUUUCUUUGAGGAAACCUUUUAUCCACACUGCCUUAUCAGUGAGCUGGCUUUCUCUCUCUCUCUCUCUCUCUGAUGCUUGGUUUCACGUCGCCGAGACUCUUGUAAAGAUAGAUUUCACCCAACACAAAGACGGCUAUUGUGUGCGUGAGGUGGAAGCGGAAAAAAGUCCUAUUAAAAACAUGCAAUGAAGCCAUGCAAGUGCAAGUAAAAAAAAAAACGAAGCCAAAUUUUUGACGGAAACCUUAAAAAGCCACUAAUUUUGGAACAGGUGCAUAAAAGAGAGGAAAAAGCACUUUGAGCUUGCAAGGAGAUACAAUACACGGAUGACUUGAGGAAUAAGAGACACUGAGUGUGUGUGUGUGUUUGUGUGUGUGUGUGAGAGAGACGGAUAAUUAGCUUUAGCUUCUCCGCGUGAUGACGCUCACCAAACCUGAUGAGUUCACACACGUGCAUCCUCUUGAAUGAAUGAACUAAGCUUCCUCUUAACUUCCUUUCAUUGUUUUUAAUGCUACCAAAUUUGUAAUGAAUUCUAUUAGAGAUAUAUCUAUAUAUAUAUAUAUAAAUAUAGUUAUAUCAUGCAGCAAUGGUAAUAUAAUGUAAAGUGAUGGCUUUGGAUGCAAUGUAUUUAUUUGUGUGAUACCAUAAUGAAGACUCUUCUGUAAAGGGAUUUUUUUUUUAUAAGUGGUGUUAUGUCAUUGGAGUUUUUUUCUUGCUUAUGUAUCUCAAUGAAAACACACAACAGUAAGCUCAUGUCACGUCACGUUCACACACACACAGAAGGAAGUGCAAUGUGAUGCUUCGUUUUUUCUAGCUUUUCUACGAUGUUUUUUUUUUCAACCGUUUUGCACAUUUAAAUGUUCAGGGAUUUAUUAAUUUAGCCGUUGUUUUCCCACCUCUGCUACGGAGGUGUCCAUUGUCACGUCACCUGAGUCGGUCAUGAAUUUGACUUGCCAAAUUUAGCUGAUCUAGCACCAGUCCUCGCAUAUGCAUUGUCUCUUUGUAUCCAGUAAAUCAAUGUUAAUCAUCACUGAAGUGAUGUAUGGAGAAUGUGCUAUUUCUUGUCAUACAAGAAUGCUGUAUAUACAGAAACCUAUCCUAUUUCUGAUGUUUGAGCAGAAAACACUGAGGUUUUGUUGUUUUUUUUUUUUUUUUAGGCACGAAGAGACGUGUGAAAUGAUAUUAUUCUAGAACUGAACUGUGAUGCUCCCCCGCCCCCUCUUUCCCCAUCAGGGGUUGAUUCAAAAUGUACACAUCUGUAUUUCAAAUAAACCUACAGUAUUUAAUCAUCUCA